GUUUGCUACACAGUGGAGGAAUUCAUAGAGAAACUUUGACAAUGGCCGACUUUACUGACAGUGAGGUUUUCCUGGCUUUCUCCACUUAUGCCACCAUUGUCAUUCUCAAGAUGAUGUGCAUGAGUCUUGUAACUGCAUACUUCAGAAUCACCAGAAAGGCAUUUGCAAACAUAGAAGAUACUUACAUGGGCAAAACUUCUGAGGAGAAAAAAAAGAUGCUUCGAGUUAAUGAAGAUGUGGAACGCGUGCGAAGAUGCCAUCAAAAUGACAUUGAGAACAUUAUUCCCUUUGUGUUGGUUGGCUUCCUCUACACUCUGACAGGACCAGAGCUUUCCACUGCUCUGUUACUCUUCCGCCUGUUUGUAGGGUCACGUUUUGUCCAUUCAGUAGCGUAUGUGAUGGUAUGGCCUCAGCCAAGUAGAGCUCUUUCCUUUUUCGUGGGCUUGAGUUCUACUGUCUGCAUGGCCUACCAUGUGCUCGCCGCCAGACUGCGUCUGUAGAGAGAAUGCCAUGGGGAACAUCAUCAGACAUGUGCCUUAUCCAUAUAAUACCUUUAAUGGAGAACUGCAUCAAUGUAUUUUUUAAAAUUAAAUGUGUUGUCUUUUAUUAUUAAAUCUUAGACCAAA